CAACUGUCAGUGUUUGUUUUCGGCAUUUAUUUUUCUUGUGUACUCAUCGCACUUAACUGUCUUCUAAUAAUUUAUUUCGCAACUGAAAACUUUCUAAUAUUAUGAUACAUAAUGGACGCUGUAUUUGAUAUAUGUUAUUUAGCAACAGAUGGUAACAACAUUGAGCCUGAUGAUAUUCCUAAGACAAAGGAUUACGUUUGGGUCUUGGGUAAAAAAUAUAGUGCUAUUCAAGACUUGGAUCGUAUCAGACGGGACAUAACAUCCAUAAUAUGGUGUACAUAUCGAAAAGGGUUUGUACCUAUAGGAGACGAAGGACUGACAUCAGAUAAAGGUUGGGGUUGCAUGUUGCGCUGCGGACAGAUGGUCCUUGGAGUAGCCCUCGUCAGAAUACACUUAGCUUCAGAUUGGGUGUGGACCCCAGAAACAAGGGAUCCUACUUAUCUGAAAAUAGUUCAAAGAUUUGAAGAAAGAAAACAAGCUCCAUACUCAAUCCACCAAGUGGCACUGAUGGGGGCAUCCGAGGGCAAAGAAGUCGGACAGUGGUUUGGCCCAAACACAGUAGCACAAGUUCUGAAGAAAUUGGUGGUGUAUGACAAAUGGAGCUCACUUGUGAUACAUGUGGCUUUAGAUAAUACUGUUGUUACUGAAGACAUAUUACAACAAUGUGUAGUCAAGAAUGACAGAGGGGACUGCUCAAGCUCUCCGGACAGUGUAGUUACCGACUGGAUGCCUUUGUUAUUGAUUGUGCCUUUAAGACUUGGCCUCAGUGAAAUAAACCCAGUUUAUAUUGAAGGACUGAAGAUAUGCUUCCAAUCACCACAGUCUAUUGGUGUGAUAGGUGGCAAACCCAACCAAGCUCUGUACCUGAUAGGAUGUGUGGCAGAUGAAGUGAUAUACUUAGACCCACACACUACCCAGCGCUCAGGACUAGUUGAAACCAAAAUUACUGAUGACCAAAAAGAGAUGGACUGCUCUUACCACUGCAAAUAUGCAUCGCGUAUCCCAAUGCUUGCAAUGGAUCCUUCAGUGGCCGUGUGUUUCCUGUGUAGAACAAGAAGUGACUUUGAUGAAUUGUGUGCCACAAUACAGCAAAAGCUGAUGAAGGAGACUCAACCCCUUUUCGAAUUAUGUGAGAAGAGACCGUCACACUGGGGCCCCAGCACUGCUGAUAUAGAUUUACAAAACACAAGCCUAUUUACUGAAUUUGAAGAUGUGGACCGUCAAUUUGAUGAUUCAGAUGAAGAAUUUGAAAUUCUAUGAGAGGAGUCUGAUAUACAUGUAGAAGAAUAUAAUACUUGGAGUUUUACAAGAAUAAAAUCACAAGGACUUGAUAUUACUAUGGUAGAGUAAUAAUAGGCUAGUUAUAUUGUCGCCAUCUAGCGUAAGCUUUUUAAGUUUUUAUAAACUUAGCUUAGUUCCCAGAAAGCCGCAUAAUUUAUUUGUAAUAAAUGAAUUCAUAAUUAUGAAGUUUGGAUUCGCGUAUUGCAGUGCCUUGAAUUUUUUUUCUGUAAAAUUGUAAAAUAUUGCAAACUUGUCAUAUGUACUGCCAUUCCUUGAAACAUUUAUUUUACAGAACGCAUUUCAAUUAGAAGCACUACCAUCAGUUUUAACAUUGACAUAUUCACUCACGUUUAAGUAACUUACUUUCUAUGCAUCUCGCUCGUACUCGCAUAUUAGUGCAAGCGAGAUGUAUAGAAAGUAAUUUACGUAGACGCGAGUUAAUCUGUCAAUGUCAAAACUGGUGGUAGCCGUAUAGGUAGGGUAAACUUUACAGUCCACCCCGCCUCCCUCACUCUUAAUGACCCCUUAAUUAUUUUAAGUGGGCGUUCAGACGAGACAAUCAAAAUUGGCGUCAAUCUCGUCAAGCAUCCACACGCACACAAUUUAAUCACCAAUUUGAGAUUUAUGUGGAUAUUCGAGCGCUCUAAAUUUUAAUGCCAUAUACCCCUCCUCCCAUACUAGCUUCGAAAAUUGGUAUUUUUGCGUCCGUCCUUCCUUCCGACCUUCAUUUGAUCAGUUAUAAUCUUAUAUACAAUCGAAUCAAGUGGAAUCGAUAAACCCUCCACACUACCUGAUUAAGUUGACAAAUUAUUCAGAUUGUGCGACAUAUUGACCUGUCUGAACACCGCUUAAGGCUAAAGUUGUUACUUUCCUACAAACAUAGGGGCCAAUGCCUUCUCCAUUGGAUAGGCAUUUGUAUUGAGUACUGAUGAUAAAGUGAAAUUAAUUCAGUUAUAGUUUUCUAGUCAUGUGUUGAGAUACUGGUACUGUAGAUGGCAAGCUUUUGUGGAUGUUAUAUAUACUUAUGGAAUAUGUUUUAGGGCACCAAGCAACUGAAGUUCAGUUCGAAGCGGUUGUUAAAUUUAAUAAAGUUGCAGCUUUAAAUACAAAGAAUUAUGUAAGUAGUUGGCGAAACAAUAAAAUAUGCACUUACUCAUUUUAUAUGGAGAUGUUUUUUGCGUUUAACAUAAUUGUGUCACAUUUAAGUUAACGCUUGUCAAUGAUAUUAAUAAAUAGGUACCUAUUUUUAUACAAUGA